UAAGUCGUUUAAGAGAGUCAUCACCAUUCUAAGAUAGCCAAUCGACUAGGUAAUCAAAUAGCCGUCGUGAAUGGCGACCAAAACACGGUUGCUCCUCCGUAUCCCAAUCUCAAAAACCAAAAUCACUCAUCACCACCGAUCUCUAUCCACCGUCGCCGCCCCAUCUCAUCACAACGACCACCAACGCAACCAUGAAUACUUAUCUCCCAGUAGUUACCUAAACAGUUGGGACCCACCAAAGGAUCCAAAACAAGCCCAAUGGAAACUUGAUAUGCUCCGGCGAGACUAUGCGAAAAAGAUGAAAUCAGUCCGUAAACAAUAUAUUUAUGAAAUGGAGUUGGAAAGGAUUGAGAAACAGAGGAAAGAUGAUAUUAAGAAAGAAGCUUUGAGACUUGAAAGCGAGCAACGGAAAGCUGCUAAAACUGCUGAAAAGAAGGCGAAAGCCGCUCAACGACAGGUCGCCCAGGAGGAGUUUCGCCAGACUUUGUUAAAAGAAAGAGCUGAGAAACUUGAAUAUCACAAAAAGAGAGAGCAGAAGUUUAUGGAGAAAAAGAAAGAGAAGAAUGAGCUACUGCGUCGUCAAAGUUCCAUGUGGAUUGAUGAAAAUGAACUAGAGAAAAAGAUUUCAGGUGCCAUGAUUGAUAGUAACUACCUAUGAACGAGGCCUUGAUCAGCCAUGCUUACGAACUUUGUUUAUUUUGAUGGGUUGCAGUUGUUCCUGAUUAGACAUGUGCUUCCUUUUUCUCCCUAUUUUAUUUUUUACUUUCACUCUUGUUAGAAUCCGAGAUGUGAGCUCAUGUUGGUGCAAGACCAAGAGUCCCUUGUUUCAACAGUUGGCAUGCAAUCAGAACUCUGAUGCAUAAAGAAUAAGACUUGAUAUCUGAUGGUUGUUUGGAAAGUCUUUUCGUUACUGAUCUUGCUGUUCUCUAGGGUUGAUCCCUGUUUAACCGAAUGUGGUUAUUCUUAAAGUUAGCUGCUUACUAUGCUUUUAAAUAUACUCGUAAUGCCUAAUAAUUACUUUUAAUAGUCAUCAGGAAUUUCUUGCCA